CUGUUUUGGCUCAAGCCGCUGGCGGCUCCCCAGGCCGGCUUCGCUGGGCGCCCCCCCCUUUUGCUCCGCCGCUGCCCGGGGGCGUGCGCGGAGCUCCGGCGUGCCAUGUCUAGGUAUCUCGACUACUCCGAGCCCCUCCUGAAGCUCGACGGGGCAGCAGACAAGGCCCCCGCGAGUACGUUUACGAGGUGGAACCCGCUCCUGCCGAAUUGUGGACCGGAGGAUGAGUUCAAGGCUUACCUCACGGGGAGCGACUACCGCGGCGGCAGCACCGUCUGUGUGGGCGGCCGAUUCGCCGCGGGCCAGCUGUGGCCCAACACCGUCAAUACGACCCUCUUCACAUUGCUCCCGGGCAUCUUUUACUGGAGCCAGGUCCUGCCCCAGUUCAAAGACUGCCACGUCGUCAAGGGCAUGCAGAUCGUUCUUUCCGUGGCGAUCGUGGUAUCGUUUUUCUUUGCGGCCUUCAUGAACCCUGGGAUCGUGCCCAGGAGAAACAAGAUCCCGGACUUCGAGGACGGUAACGCGCUGAACCACGCCACUGGCCACCCGCACCAACGUUUCUUGCUGUUACCAGACCCGAACCCGGGCAAUCCAAACGGCGGCGUGACGGUGAGGCAAAAGUUUUGCACCACUUGUAUGAUCUUCAGACCGCCGAGGGCGAAGCACUGUUCUUUCUGCGAUAACUGCGUCCUGCGCUUCGACCACCAUUGCACGUGGCUGGGCAAUUGCGUCGGGCUGUACAAUUACAGGGCCUUCGUCACCUUAAUUCUUGACUGCCACGAUAUUCUUGAUCGCGUGCGUAUAUGUAGUGUUCAUGAUUUGGCACGAGAAAAACCAGAGGAAUAA